AUGAGUUAUGGCUACGAAAACGGCCCAUCGGGUCCCAGCGCACCGUUACUUACACCAGAACCCGCGACCACCGAUGAAUCCAACAAUCACGCCAACAAUGACUCGGUUUCGAAGAAACUGGAGUCAACAGAUUCCGGAGGAUGGUUUAUCUGGGCGCUGACUUUUUCCGCCGGGAUAAGUGGGCUUCUUUUCGGAUACGAUACAGGUGUUAUAUCCUCGACCCUCGUAUCGAUUCAGUCGGACCUUUCGAAUCGCGCGCUUACGACGCUGGAUAAGAGUUUGAUUACGUCCUGUACCAGCUUGUUCGCGCUCAUUGCGAGUCCGCUGGCUGGGGUUAUGGCUGAUAAACUAGGCCGUCGAUCGGUCAUUCUUGUUGCAGACGUGCUCUUCACUGUCGGCUCGUUAAUACAAGCUGUUACAAGUGAGGUAUGGGGGAUGACUCUUGGAAGGAGCAUCGUUGGUUUGGCAGUAGGCGGCGCAAGCUUGGUUACUCCACUGUAUAUAUCAGAGCUAGCACCAUCCCAUGUCAGAGGCAGGCUCGUCACCAUUCUAUGCUUGUUCAUCACGGGUGGUCAAGUUAUAGCAUAUAUCGUCGGAUGGCUAUUUUCCUCCGUCGGUGGAGGCUGGCGCUGGAUUGUCGGCCUCGGGAUCCUCCCGGCUGUUCUGCAGUUUUCGAUUGUUGUCGCUCUGCCCGAGACACCCCGGUGGCUUGUACAAGCAGGUCUCGAGUCUAGGGCAACCUAUGUGCUCGCGAAGGUUUACGGAGGUCGCAAUUCUGACAGUGACCGUGUCGCGAGGCUGGUCCUGCGCGAUAUUCAACAGGAGGUCGCGAAAGAAGAUGCAUUGAUCGGGAACGAUAGAGAUUCUGGGUGGUGGCAUGUUGCCCUACAGCGGGCAAGAGAUUUGCUCUACACUGGUGGGAAUCGACGCGCAUUGACCAUAGCUGUGAUGCUCCAGGGCUUGCAGCAACUGUCCGGCUUUAACAGUCUGAUGUAUUUUUCAGCCACGAUCUUCUCCAUUCUUUCGUUUUCCUCGCCGACUCUCACCUCCCUAUCAGUCGCUGUGGCGAACUUCCUUUUCACAUUGCUAGCAUUUGUUUAUAUCGACAAGAUUGGUCGUCGGCGUAUCCUUCUAUACUCAAUACCCGUCAUGGUCAUUGCUCUUAUCGUUUGCGCGCUAGCCUUUUCAUCCAUGGAACUGCCAGCCUUGUCGCCCGACCCGCAGCCACAAGAGAAGUCUGACGGUGCUCUCCCAGACUCACCGUUACUCCCGGUUACAAUUCUCCUGUGUCUUACCGUUUACACGGCGUCCUAUGCAUUUGGGCUUGGGAAUGUCCCAUGGCAGCAAUCAGAGCUGUUCCCCCUCAAUGUGCGAUCUCUGGGGUCUUCCUUAGCGACGGCAACAAACUGGGGCUCGAACUUCAUAGUUGGACUUAGCUUCUUACCUAUGAUGGAAUGGCUGUCUCCAGGGUGGACAUUUGCUGCUUAUGCAGUUGUUUGCACUAUUGGUUGGGUGGGUGUGUGGGCGAUAUAUCCCGAAAUGAGUGGGCUCGGUUUAGAAGAGGUCAAGGGACUCCUGGCAGAUGGUUGGGGUGUUCGAGAAAGCUUGACUAGGGUCCGUGAUGACGAUGAUAUGGAUAUAGUCAACCUAUCCCUGAGUUGCUCCUUUUUGCACAAUGCCAUCAUGCCAGCAGAGUCACUCAUAUGGCGGAGACUAUUCAAAGACACGUACGACAUACCUCGGCAGCGAAGCUCCACCGAGCUCAAGAUCGAGUAUCAGACGCGGUCUAUCGUUCUGGCUCAGAAGAUCAGCUUUAAAUGCGGGGAGGGUGAAGAGCAGACUCUGUGGCUGGAGGUGCUGAGGGAUAUGCUUUUGGAAUCUUUUGAAUCCAAGAACCCGUCAACUUCAAAGAAUAUCAAGCGGAUUCGGAGCGCACACUCAACCACAGAAUUUCUGGAUAGGCCAUUGAAUGGUUACAGCCAACAUAAGCCAGGCCCCCCUUCUGAGUUGUUAUGCGCUGUGCAGUUGUGCCUCACUGGAAUGGCUCUGGAUCAGUCCAUGUUUUGCCGUUGUCUCCGGACCGACUAUGAUAUUGGAGCUGUUUACUCGUAUGAUGUCGAUACGCCGCGCACACUGGUUGACUCGAAGGAGAUAGAUUUCGUUAAACUGCUGCACAUCCGCAAUUUCUGGCUGCGGCAUCUUCUAAACACCGAUGAAGCUACGUAUAGCGACUCCUAUCGGAUGUUUCCAGAGCCUAGGAGACCAAGGAUUCUCCGCGUCAAACCAGACCCAGACUCCAUGAACUGGCCACGGAUAUUCCAGAAUGUCAUUCCGCUGCUAGGAGAAGACUCAACCCGCUCAUACUUCCGGGGAUAUCAAAGCAGCUCUGUGGACGAGUCCGUUAAUCUGGUUCGUGGUUUUGUCGAGGCAGUCAAGUCUCCACAGGGUGGCUUUCCUGGUUGGCGCCGGGUCUGCUUUGCGCUGUACGAAACACACACCGGACAGAUAGAUCCCCAGGGGGAGGAUUACAUGGAAGUGUUCGUCAACAAGAGCCGCUUGUUCCCGCGAGAGCCAUGGCCGCCGUUUGACCUAGAAACCGACUUUCUUUGGAUCCAUGGGUAUGAAGGGCUUGUGCUUCCGGGAGGUCAGAUCAUGGUAGGACAGUGGGUGGAUAUGGUUGAUACUCGGGCCAGGGGGCCGUUUAUCUUUUGGGCUACUAAGACUUUCCGUGAACAAUCAUUUUUCCCAUUCCCUUUUGAUGACCUUUAG